AUGUUAUGCGAUGCACUCGCCAAUUUUGGACAUCAGCACUUGCGAUCCAUAGCAAUAUCUGAUCUCUAUAAAUCUCAGCACAGUAGACGUUUGUUCUCCCUUGUUUCAGACCCUAAACGUGAACCCGCCAAAAUCAAAGCAACUGACAAAUCAAAAUCCGUUUUAAAGCGAUUGGAAAAGCUCACACAUAAAGAUGGUAUGGCAAUGAAAUAUAGCGUGGAAGAAUAUAUGGCCAGUUGGGAUGAUUACAAGAAAUUUGUCAGUCGCGUGGAUGCUUGGUAUAGUAAGAACGAGAAGAAAUAUCUACGAUACAUGUCUUUGUACUCGCGGGAAUAUCUAACUGAGACCGAAUUCAAGCUUGCCUUUCGUGAUUUGCAUACUCCAUUCAGUGAACUGGAAUUGCAAAUUCUUUAUCAAAUGCUCGAUCCCGGUCUAACCGGACGUGUGGAAUAUACCAAAUUGUACGAAGCCAUAUGGAUAUCAUUAGCCGGAAAAUUUAUUGCCGACGACUCACUGAAUCAGAUGGACUUGGAACAGCCGGAUCGGUGGGUAUUACUCACAUUCAAAGUACCCAGUUGUGAACCAUUUGAUAUGCCGACUACAUUUGAACAUUUGGUGGAUUUGAGCUAUACAGGUUCCAUGCUUCGGUCUGUCAUUCAAGCCCGUGUGCCAAGCCUUGCAUCCAGAGCCAUAGUGAUCUUCACGGAUGUGGCACGCUAUGUUGAAUCGGUUGUGCAUUGCAAUCAAAGAUUGUACGAAUUCAAUUAUCAAGGUGGACCGAAGUGCGCUCCGGAAGAGGCAGUGAUUUAUUACGAGUUCUCCAUGGGUCGAUUGGAUUGUCCAAUACUAACCAGUCUAUUCCCGCUACGUCAGACAACGGAGAUUUUUGUGGAUCAAACAGAACAGGCGUCACACAGUACACACUCUCAUGCAAGCUGA